AGCAUCAUCUCCAUUUGCGUACUAACAUCACCCUAAACUCCAUUGAUGAGAGCACAGAUCGAGUUGCAGAUUAUGAGCGAGACAUGUAUGAAGAUAAUAGAGUCGUACUCCUGUUAAUAGUAAAUUUUGCUUUCCCGAAUUUCAAUUAGUUGACCGCCAUUGCCAUACUAGCCCAUAGCUACUACCUAUUUUCCUUUCUUCGUCAAUCACAUCACCACUGGAAUCUAAAAUCUCCACACUCGUAACUCGUAUCUUACUCCAAAUACUCAUCGAUCAAUGUGAAUACUUCGUCACUCGUCAGUAACUCAGUAUACAUCUCCUCCAUUUACUUCCCUGAAGCUUUGUACGAAGAGAUUUUCAACAGUUUUUUCACAGAUUUUGAUUAAGCGAGUGAGUAGCUGGAUCUGAUGGGGAAUUGUCAAGCGGCGGAGGCGGCGACGGUGGUGAUUGUGCAUCCUGGAUACAAAAUCGAGAGGAUUUACUGGUCGAUCAGUGCUCGUGAAGUCAUGAACUCGAAUCCACGUCAUUACGUCGCACAAGUCCUUAGGUCGCCGGUAGUGAGAUCGGAUAAAGGAUUGCCGGUGAAGCAACUCAAACUUCUCCGGCCAGAUGAUACUUUGCUUAUCGGCCAAGUUUACCGACUCAUUAGCUACGAAGAUGUAUUGAAAGAAUUUGCAGCUAAAAAAUGCAUGAAACUGGGGAAGUUAUUGAUGGAAAGAGGAGUGAUUGAGCCAGGGAAGAAGAAGGACAACGCCGAUACUAUUUCUCCGGUGCCGAUUACCAAUUCCGUCAAGGGGGAGAGGAAUAAUAGUAGGAGACGAAAUGGAAAUCAAAGUCAUGGCGGUGGUGGAGGACAAUGGAAACCAGCUUUAAACAGUAUUUCAGAGAUUGGGAAUUGAGUCAACACUUUCCUUUGACUUUCUCUUGUUGUAAUCCGUUUCAACUCUAUCUUCUGUAAUAUUGUUCAUCUCCAUCUAUAAUAAUUAGAAUUUAACUA